AUGGCUUCCACAGGCCCCGACGAUUGGCCCUUGGUCGCUCGGCAUUGCAGUGGAAGAAACCAGUCUCCUGUGAAUAUUGUCACAAGGACAACGCUUCCCGAUGAAAGGCUGGUUCCGUUACAACUCAUCAACUAUCAGAAAAUUUUCAGAGGUCGCAUCAUAAACAACGGACAUACCGUUCAACUAGAUCUACCCUCAAAUGUAAAGAUCCAAGGCGGAAAGCUGGCAGGGCCAUAUAAGGCCUUGCAGCUCCACUUCCACUGGGGGAAAGAUGGAGGCCCAGGGUCCGAGCAUACUAUUGAUGGAGAACGGUUCCCCAUGGAGAUGCACAUUGUCCAUAUAAAGGAAGAAUAUGAUACUUUGGACCAAGCUGUGGCAGACGACACAGGCGUGGCAGUUCUUGGGUUUUUCUUUCAGGAAUCUCCCACUCCGAAUAAGCAAUACGAACCCAUCAUAUCGGCCCUGAAAGACCUAAACCAUAAAGCGAGCAACAGCACGCUUGGCGGCGUGUCACUGGGCCGGCUAGUGCCACCGGAGGAGACUCUCGAACACUACUUCCGUUACCAGGGCUCGCUCACCACGCCGCACUGUGACGAGUCCGUCGUGUGGACGCUGUUUGAAACCCCCGUUCCGCUAAGCAGGAAACAGCUGUCUGCGUUCUGCGGUCUUCGGUCUCCCCGUGGGACGCGCAUGGUGAACACCUACCGGCCAGAGCAGCAGCUGAACGGGAGGAAGGUGUAUUACUCCGGCGGGGGCCUGCCUCUGCUUAACACCGCCCUGCUCAUCUGCUCUGUGUUGAUAUCCAGUGGACCCUCACUGCACAGCGAGAGCUGAACGUAAACACCUGUCCUGUGCAAACAAUAGCAUAGGCCUGCUGAAUAUUUAUCUAGGAUAAUGAAUAAAUGUAUAUUUAAAUGUGGCUCAA